AUGGAAAGUCCUCCGCGGCCUGUUAUUCCGUGGAAUCUUACGUAUGAUGCAACUAAAGAUGGAUAUGCCUGCCCUCAGCCAAGCAGUUGGCCAACAUAUGAAGAUUGCCUAUUCUUAAAUGUUUACACCACAAAGCUUCCAAGACAUGGCAGAAAUCCAAAGCGUCCUGUACUCGUUUAUUUUCACGCAGGCGGAUUUUAUAGUGUGGACGGAACAAGCAAAUUCGCAGGUCCUGAAUAUCUUUUAGAUCAAGAGCUAGUACUUGUUACGCUAAACUACAGGCUUGCAUCCUUAGGAUUUUUGAGUACCGGCGAUUCAUUGGCUCCAGGUAACAAUGGAUUAAAAGAUCAAGUCGCAGCCAUGAGAUGGAUUCAAGUAAACAUAGAAUCUUUCGGAGGUGAUCCCAACUCUGUGACAAUAAGCGGUUAUAGCGCAGGUGGAAUGAGUGUAACUUUACAUAUGGUUUCCCCUAUGUCAAAAGGGCUAUUCCAUAAAGCUAUAGCGAUGAGUGGGUCGGCACUGGCACAAUGGGCAAUACCGGACCAUCAAUUCCAUUUAGCCCAGAGACAAGCUCGGCUAGUAGGGUGUCCUGACGACACUUCCUUAAAAAUUAUUAAUUGCCUAAAGACAAAGACAGCAAAAGAGUUAGGAGAUUCUCUACCGGGAUUUUCAGAGUAUAGGUCAGACCCCAUCAUUAAAUGGAAACCUGUAAUCGAAAAAGAUUUCGGCCAAGAACGAUUUCUAGUAGAAGAUCCCGUUACUGCUGUGCAAAAUGGAAGAUUUAGACAUGUGCCAAUGAUAUUCAGUGUAACAAGAGAAGAGUUUUCAUACCUGGCGUAUACUAUAGUGGGCAAUGAUACACUUCUGGAAGAAAUGGAUAGGGAAUUUGAACGUGUAGCUCCAAUUGCAUUCUUAUACGAAAGGGAUACUGAACGUUCAAAAACCAUCAGCGAAAAUUUAAGAGAGUUCUAUUUAGGGCGAGGAAGUUUGAGUACAGCGUCGAGAAAUGGAAUCGGAAAAUUGUAUGCAGAUGGAGUAAUUGGAUUUGGUAGUCAAAGAGGUGCAAUGUUGUUCUCAGAUAAAAAUAAUCAGUCCGUUUACUAUUACCUGCUUGAUUAUCAUGGGCGCUAUAGCCAUUUUUAUAUUCCUGGUUCUAACGACGUUACAAUAGGACCCGUACACCAUGAUGAUUUAAUUUAUUUGUUUUAUGUUUCGCCUUUGUUUCCUAAAUUCAAUGAAAGCUAUCCGGAGUACCAAACUACAAAGACAUUAACGAAACUAUUUGCGAAAUUUGCAGCUACUGGGAAACCCACCAAUGAAAUGGAUAAUGUGCACUGGGACCCGUUUACAUCAAUGAAUAAGCAGUACCUCAGGAUUGGCGAUACUCUGGAGAUGAAACGUAAUUUGUUCGAGGAACGUUACAAGAGAUGGAAAUCUUUGUUUCCUUUAAAAUAGAACGAGAAUGGCAUUUUAAAUGUGUUAAGAAUGUACCAGAAAAUUAUUAUUCAAGCUGAACGUUUUUAAUAUAUUCCGCAAAGCUUUUAUUGUAAUGACACGUGUAAUUAUUUUUGGAACACCUGAGACGACAUUAAAACAUGCGUGUAAUUUU